GACAUCGGAGAGCAGAUGAGGGGACGCCACAAGCGGACAGAGCCGGAAGUGCGUUCGUGAGUGGCCACCGGGAAAGCACGGCCGGAGCGAGAGGUGCAGCGGCACGGCGGGAGUCAGCGUCGGCAGUCCUGUUGAACUACAGAGGAGACAUUUCUAAGCUUUUGCAUUGCUGCUCUUCUGGGUGCCACAGUCUGUGGGCCCUGACAGCCUGGAGCAGGAAUGAAGACGGUGCUCAUGGUAGCAGAAAAGCCAUCCCUGGCACAAUCCAUUGCCAAAAUCCUCUCCCGAGGAAACAUGUCCUCACACAAAGGGCUAAAUGGGGCGUGUUCAGUGCACAAAUACACAGGAACCUUUGCUGGCCAGCCCGUCCACUUCAAGAUGACAUCUGUCUGCGGUCAUGUGAUGACACUGGAUUUUCUGGGAAAGUACAACAAGUGGGAUAAGGUAGAUCCUGCAGAGUUAUUCAGCCAAGCUCCAACAGAGAAAAAGGAAGCAAACCCCAAGCUGAACAUGGUCAAGUUCCUGCAGGUGGAGGGCAGAGGCUGUGACUAUGUCGUGCUGUGGCUGGACUGUGACAAGGAAGGCGAGAAUAUUUGCUUUGAGGUCCUUGAUGCCGUUCUGCCUGUCCUGAAUAAUGCCCACAAUGGUGAGAAGACAGUGUUCCGGGCCAGGUUCAGUUCCAUCACAGACACGGACAUCUGCAAUGCCAUGACCCGCCUGACUGAGCCAGACCACAAUGAGGCACUCUCGGUGGAUGCCCGCCAGGAGCUAGACCUGCGCAUCGGCUGUGCGUUCACUAGGUUUCAAACAAAGUAUUUCCAGGGAAAAUAUGGCGACUUAGACAGCUCUCUCAUCUCCUUUGGGCCUUGUCAGACUCCAACCCUGGGAUUCUGUGUAGAAAGACAUGAUAAAAUCCAGUCCUUCAAACCAGAGACCUACUGGGUACUUCAGGCCAAGGUUCAUACUGAUAAAGAGGAGUCACUCCUUUUGGACUGGGACCGAGUUAGAGUUUUCGACCGGGAGAUUGCACAGAUGUUUUUAAACAUGACAAAGCUAGAAAAAGAAGCUUGGGUGGAGGCUACAAGCAAGAAAGAAAAAGCCAAGCAGAGACCACUUGCUCUGAACACUGUGGAGAUGUUGCGUGUGGCCAGUUCAGCUCUGGGUAUGGGACCACAGCAUGCCAUGCAAGUAGCUGAGAGAUUAUACACACAGGGCUACAUCAGCUACCCACGGACAGAAACCACCCACUAUCCCGAGAACUUUGACCUGAAGGGCUCUUUGCGACAACAGGCCAAUCACCCAUACUGGGCAGACUCGGUAAAGCAGUUGUUAGCAGAAGGCAUCAACCGCCCUCGGAAAGGUCACGAUGCUGGUGACCAUCCUCCGAUCACACCAAUGAAGUCAGCUACAGAGGCUGAAUUAGGAGGUGACGCUUGGCGACUCUACGAGUACAUCACCAGACACUUCAUCGCCACAGUGAGCCAUGACUGCAAGUAUCUGCAGAGCACCAUCUCCUUCAGGAUCGGGCCCGAGCACUUCACAUGCAUGGGAAAGACAGUUAUUUCCCCAGGCUUCACAGAGAUCAUGCCUUGGCAGAGCGUGCCCCUGGAAGAGAGUCUGCCCACAUGUCAGAAGGGCGAUACCUUCACUGUGGGUGAGGUGAAGAUGCUAGAGAAGCAGACGAGCCCCCCGGACUAUCUGACUGAGGCUGAGCUCAUCACCCUCAUGGAGAAGCAUGGCAUCGGGACGGAUGCCAGUAUCCCUGUGCACAUCAACAACAUCUGCCAGCGCAACUACGUCACUGUGGAGAGCGGCCGCCGGCUCAAGCCCACCAACCUCGGCAUAGUUCUGGUGCACGGUUACUACAAGAUUGAUGCAGAGCUGGUGCUCCCCACCAUCCGCAGCGCAGUGGAGAAGCAGCUGAACCUUAUUGCCCAGGGCAAAGCCAACUACCACCAGGUGCUGGGCCACACCCUGGAUAUCUUCAAGAGAAAGUUCCACUACUUUGUUGAUUCUAUUGCUGGCAUGGACGAGUUAAUGGAGGUAUCCUUUUCACCCCUGGCUGCCACUGGCAAGCCCCUCUCUCGCUGUGGGAAGUGCCAUCGAUUUAUGAAGUAUAUCCAGGCCAAGCCAAGCCGCCUGCACUGCUCCCACUGCGAUGAGACCUACACCCUCCCCCAGAAUGGUACCAUCAAGCUCUACAAGGAGCUGCGGUGCCCAUUGGAUGACUUUGAACUGGUCUUGUGGUCCUCAGGCUCCCGGGGCAAGAGCUACCCCCUCUGUCCCUACUGCUAUAACCACCCACCCUUCCGAGACAUGAAGAAAGGCAUGGGCUGCAAUGAGUGCACACACCCUACCUGCCAGCACUCACUGAGUAUGCUGGGCAUUGGCCAGUGCGUGGAGUGCGAGAAUGGAGUCCUGGUUCUGGACCCCACCUCCGGUCCCAAGUGGAAGGUGGCCUGCAAUACAUGCAAUGUAGUGGCACACUGCUUUGAAAACGCCCACCGAGUACGGGUAUCUGCUGACACCUGCAACACCUGCGAGGCUGCCUUGCUCGAUGUAGACUUCAACAAGGCCAAGUCUCCCCUUCCUGGCAACGAGACACAGCACACAGGCUGCAUCUUCUGUGACACCGUCUUCCAGGAGCUGGUGGAGCUGAAGCAUGCAGCCUCCUGCCACCCCAUGCACCGAGGUGGUCCUGGAAGGAGGCAGGGUCGUGGGCGGGCCCGGGGACGGAGACCUCCAGGAAAGCCCAACCCCAGGCGGCCAAAAGACAAGAUGUCAGCCCUGGCUGCUUACUUUGUAUAACUACCAUCUUGCCCCACUCUAGCCCCAGUUGAUGUAGACAUGUCGUGGUGAUCUUUGAGCCACUGAAACCAUUAAAAUGCUUUUUAUUUUGUAUUCUCUGGAA